UUGCAAAUCUUCGACGGCGAAGUUGGUGGAAAAAUAGAUCCUUUCGACGCUGGGUGGUCCAGCCGUCUUGGAACAUUGCCUCUGAGGUGCGUAGGAUGGUGUUCGAUCCGAAGGUCUGCCAUCGACGUCCAUUGCAAUUGAUAUCAUUCUCCAACUUGCUUGGCUACGAUGAAGCUGCUUUGGAUUCUCGCGCUUGCCAACGCCGUCGCAGCCUCGUUCGGCAUGGAGCUCCUCGAAGACAUUGCCAAGUCGUGCUCGUGCGACACCGACUGUCCGCAAAUCACGUGCUACGCCGCCCCCGUGUGCACGCGCGGGCGCUGCGCGUACACGCAAAAGCCCACCGGUGCCAAGUGUCCGGGCCAGAGCUGCACGAACGGCGGCGCCUGUGACGACGAUGCCAACGACUAUUGCAACGACAAGGCCGAAUGCAUCAGCGCUUUCAAGCCGUCGACGACCGUGUGUCGGCCUUCCGGUGGCCAGUGCGAUGUCGCCGAGAUGUGCACGGGGUCCUCGGGCGCAUGUCCUAUCGACAGCUAUGCACCUCCGACGAUGGCGUGCUCGGGCAGCUGCAACGGUGGUCCGUGCGAUGGCCAAGACUACUGCGAUGGUUUUGGCAGCUGCAUUGACAAGUUCUUGCCGUCGACCACCGUCUGCCGCGUCUCCAAGGGUGCCUGUGACGUUGCCGAGACGUGCUCGGGGACGUCGGGGUCCUGUCCCGUGGACCAGUUUGCCUCCAAGGACAAGUCGUGCAGCGGAUCCUCGAAUGGCGGCGCGUGCGACGGACAAGACGUCUGCGACGGCAAGGGCAACUGCGUCGACGUGGCGAGUGCGACGUGA